AGCUUCACCAAAACCAACCUCACCAGCUUUAGUUGAGUGCUCAAGGAGAUGGCAACCCAACGUCUUUCGCAGAUUUCUGGGCACCUCACAAACAGCUACCCGAGAGGCUUGCUGAAGGACGAGGUUGCUAUCAUUACUGGUGCUGGCCAGGGUAUCGGGCGUUGCGCUGCCCUCCUCUUUGCAAAGGAGGGAGCGAAGGUUGUCGUUGCUGAUCUCGAGGAGAAGAAGGCCCAGGAGGUCGUAGAUGAGAUCAAGGCGCAAGGCGGUGAGGCUAUUGCUAUCGGCGGUGAUGUCGCUGCAGACGAUUUCCCGCAACGUGUCCUGGAUGCGACUAUCAAGAAGUAUGGCAAGCUUAACCACAUAGUCAACAACGCGGGCUUCACUUUCGACCGGAUGCUUCACACAACUCCAGAUGAUGCCUGGGACGUAAUCCAGAAGGUCCACGUCCGCGCGCCGUUCCGCCUCAUUCGUGCUGCCGCCCCAUACAUGCGCAUAAAGGGAGAUAAUCGGGAGAAUCGCUCGAUUAUCAGCGUCUCUUCAACAACAGGCCUGCACGGAAAUGUCGGCCAGGCGAACUAUGCAGCAGCCAAGUCUGCUGUCAUCGGAUUCACCAAAACGAUAUGCAAGGAGUGGGGUCCCUUCGGCGUGCGGGCAAACACCGUGGCAUACGGCUAUGUCCUGACACGUCUCACCCAGGCGAAAGAGGCCGGUGCGACCAUUGAGAUAGACGGCAAGAAGGUCGCGCUUGGCAUUCCUGGUGGACAUUCAUCUGUUACAAACACCAAGCAACAGGGUGGUGGCUCAAGUGCACAGCCGGGCAUCCCGCUUGGUCGCGGAGCUACUCCUGAUGAAGCAGCCGCAGCAAUGCUCUUCUUGGCCUCGCCGCUAGCAUCAUUCGUCUCGGGGCACACCUUGGAGGUCACCGGAGGUGCUGGUAUUUAAAAAGACUACUUCAUGGUGUUUGUGCAGUCUUCAGUAGCUUUGCACACUGCGAGUCAGCAUAUUUAUAGUAUGCGACCUGCUGUUAUAAAACGGUGGCUAGACUCAACGCUUGGGUUGUGUAUGUGGC